AUGACUAUUGCUGCAUAUGCGUAUGAAACAAAUGAAGCAAGAAGAGCACAUGAACUAGUAAACGAAAACUCAACUUUAACCAUUGAAGGCAAUGAUUUAGUCAUUGACGAUGGAAAAACUAAAAAAGUCAUUGAUUUCGAUACUUUUAACACGUAUGACCCAUUCAUUACAACAAGUAAAGUUCCUAUCAUAAAUGAUGGAACGGUGCAAUAUAUAAAUUCUACAGUAGAUGCCUCAUUAGUGAAAGUAUUAAAUGUUCUCAUUGAAUUGUUAAAGAGCUUUCGAUUUGACGACAACAUUAAAUGCCUAAAGAAUUUAGUCAUGAAUGAGAAACAAAUUCUCGGCGUUGCUGGUAGCAGUAAUGAUGUACACCUUAUGACAUUAGAAUAUUAUAACGAACAUAAAGAUGAACUGAAAGGAGAGAAGGGUGACACCGGACCUCAAGGACCACAAGGAAUACAAGGAAUACAAGGAAUACAAGGACCUCAAGGCGAAAACGGUUUGGAUGGUGAAGAUGGAAAGGAUGGAAAAACUGCUAAAUCAUGGAUAUGGAACCUUAUAAAUACUGGUUUAACAGCUGCUUCAUAUGGAGUUCUUCAAUACCAAAUCGGAAAGAUAUGGGCAGUACUUGGUGAAGAAGUUUUAGAUGACGUUAAAAAUGCUUUGAACUUCAUUUCAAAUGGUUCGGAUACUAUUAAAACUUUAUCUGGUUGGAUGCAAGAAACAAGGAGUCAAAUAGAUACUGUAAGACGUAUAGCAAACAAUGCACGUACGGGAUUGGAUACUUUACGAGAAGCACAAAAUACACUAAAGGAAGCAAAUGAUAUUCUUGGCUCAGUAUCAGACAUGCAUGAAGAUUGGCUUAAAGGUAUUGACAAAUCUUUAAAAAAUCACAGUCAGUCUAUUGCUGACUACAAGAAAAGUAUAGAUUUUUUACAUAGUGCUAUGGAUGUACAUGAUGGAAGCAUAAGGAACUUACUUAAUGCUAACAAUAACUUACCAGGAACUAUUAAAGCAUUUAUAAAGUCCUUUGUAAAACCUGGUGCUCUAACAUUUAGGUCUUUGAGAGCAAGAGCAUUGAAGUCAAGAGAUGCAGAAACUCCAACAGAACCUACAGAAGGAACUGAAACAACAGAAACUCCAGCAGAACCACCAAAACCAACAGCUAGUUCGAAUAUUUUCCAAGGUACUCUGUUCUCAUUGCAUACAUUCAAGAAAUACUUAAGAAAGCAGACUUGA